UCGCAGUCUCCUGAUGUCCCGUUCAAGACUUGCAGCCUGCCAGUCUACGGGAAUUUUUCGCUUCACCAGCGUGGUUUACUUUUAGUUCGGUUCAGUUCACGAAUUGUGCUUCUCGUAAGAGUCGUAAGCCCGCGCCGGUAAAACAUUCGCGGCAGUGAUUGAAAUAGUUAGCGGUCAAAUUGAAUCAAGAGCCCCAUAUCAGAUUCUGAAGGUUCGAUUCGGAUCACAAUUUUCGAACGUGCCCAGUUUCGACGUUUUCGUUCGGAAAAUAGUUUGCCCUUGAACAACCCCCGGUAAUGGUGUAUAUUUUGAAAGGUAGAGUUCUAAGAAGGUCUGGCGAGUUAAUUGAAAUUUCCAUGUGAUACGAUGAAGGGUGCCCUCAUUAUAUUAUCGAUAUUCACAGCGGUUAUUGCCCAAAAUAGCACGAAUUCUGUUGCACCAGUAAAAAAGACUUACGUCUGCCCAAAACACUUCGUGAGAGUUGGAAGGAGGUGUUAUUUCUUCAGUAAAAACUCUGCUACAUGGCAGCAAGCUAUACACAAGUGCCAAGACAAACAGAGUAGUAUAGCUAUAAUCAAGACUGCAAAUCAGGAUAGGAGGAUAAGGAAAAUUUUGAGUAGACCAACACAUGCUAUUCAUGAAAGAUGGAUAGGUGGAAUGUAUAACUGGAAGAAGAUGAAAUGGCUUUGGGCCACAACUGGUAAACCCCUCAUUUAUCAAGGAUUUCAUUCGCAGAAUUUCACAGAAAGUCAGAAGUGGCACUGUAUUAUUAUGGACCCGGCUGUGAAAUAUGAGUGGAAUACGAGGCCUUGCUUGGAGAGUAAACCUUACAUUUGCCAUACGAAAUCCAAAGUAAUAAGGAGGAUAGAGGACCCAGACAAACAUUCGAACGAUAUUUUGCUUAUCAAUAAUGAGAUCAGGGAUGUCCCAGCAAAUCUGAAAGAAUAUUCUGGGGAUUUGGGCUUGGCGAACCAGAAUGAUGCCCCAAUCAUACCUUCAAGGCCGAAGAGAAGAAGGAAGAAUAAAAAGAAGAAGAUAAAUAACACCACGAUUCUGUUACACAGGCCAAAAUAUGCUGGACCCAACUCCACAAGCUCCACAGAUGAAAAGAGUAGCCCGAUGGAAACUAUCAAGUAUGAAAUAUAUAACGAAGAUGCAAAAAUGACAAAUUCUUUGUAUCCGAACCCUAUAGUUGAGGAAUAUAGUUUUAUACAGAAGAACUGAAGGAAGGCUUUCUCAUUAUUUCGCAACAGAUAUGAAGUAUUAUACUCUGUUCUUGCAGUAUUAUUACCCUAUGCAAUUCUUGAUACCGUUUUGCAUUUCAGUGAAUUGAAAUUUUGUACUUAUAUUCAAAAAAAGUAUCACUACACCAAUAUUAAUAUAAUAGCUAUUUACGUUGACGUUCUCUGCUGCGGAAUAGGUGACUGUUCUGAAAAAUACCCAUAGUAUUGUAAAUAUUCAUCUGUAGAUAAAUACUGCUGAAUUUAUUUUUUGUAUUCAUGUACUUUUUUAAAUGUUAGAAAUAUUUCUUAUCUGACUCAUUUCAGAGUAUUAUUGAGUCAGUAUGUCAACGGAUGUUGAUGAUAUUUCUUUUUUAUAAAAUAUGAAGUUUUUCUGUUGCCAUUUCCCCACUGUUUUUGUGAAGUUGUGAGUGUAAUUUUAAUUUAUUGAAAAGAUUAUUUUUGCAAUAUAUCGUCAUGAAAUCA